AUGUCUUGUUUCUCUCUCUCCCAGUCGACGCAAGGGCCCAAGUUCCAGAGCCUGGGAGUGUGUGACCGAGCUCUUGGGAUUCUCCGUGCCUGCGAUCAGACCCAGCUUGCUGCGCAUGGCCGCCUCCCUCAGCUCUUGGCUGGUCUCAUUGUCGGGACAGCCACCAACCAGCCAACCAACCCCCCGGGAACGACGACCAACGUGCAGCUUCCGUGGGGAGUUGGGACCCCUUUGCAGGGCAGCGCCACCGAAGAUAGCAGCGGCCGCCAGCGACUCACCAUGCACGCAGAGCGUGGCUAG